UUCGGCUCCAGGGCCUGCUGCAGCCGCCACGAUGUUGAUGCCCAAGAAGAACCGAAUUGCUAUCUACGAGCUCCUUUUUAAGGAGGGAGUGAUGGUGGCCAAGAAAGAUGUGCACAUGCCCAAGCACCCUGAGCUGGUGGACAAGAAUGUGCCCAACCUCCACGUCAUGAAAGCCAUGCAGUCUCUGAAGUCCCGUGGCUAUGUGAAGGAGCAGUUUGCAUGGAGGCAUUUCUACUGGUACCUGACCAACGAGGGCAUCCAGUACCUGCGUGAUUACCUCCACCUGCCCCCCGAGAUCGUCCCUGCGACCCUGCGCCGCAGCCGCCCAGAGACAGGCAGGCCACGGCCCAAAGGUCUGGAAGGGGAACGCCCGGCACGCCUGACACGGGGAGAGGCCGACAGAGACACCUACCGGCGCAGCGCCGUGCCACCUGGCGCUGACAAGAAGGCUGAGGCAGGUGCUGGAGCAGCUACUGAAUUCCAGUUUAGAGGAGGAUUUGGUCGUGGCCGUGGUCAGCCCCCGCAGUAGAGCCUUGCUGCUCAUGUUUUGUGUAUAAUAAAAUGGGUGAAAAUGCCA